ACUUCUCAUAUGUCUUUCUUGUGUUUUUCAGCUUGCUGGAAGCCAUUGAUUACAUUCUUGAAGGUGCCCAGAACCUGGUUAUACCAAUUCAAAACUACAGGAGCACCCCUUCGAGGAAAAACCUUUUGAGUAAAGCAUCAUCUCUGAGUCCCACGAAUCACAACGGUGUUGAAUACUGCAAGGCAUAGGUAAUUGACACUUAAGAAUAUGAGUGAUUCGCCAUCAUCAUUUUCCGGUGUUCCUUGUACUCCUACUACUCCAAGUACUCCAGAUAUCUCUAUUGGGUCUACUAGCGGCUCAUCGUCAUCUAGUCGGUUGGUCAUCUCAGUUGUAGGAGAAAAGUUUGUUCCUAAUGGUCAUUCUAUUUCGAAGAGCAUCACAGAAACAUUCAAGGAACGACAAGACGCUACUGGUUACUCAUGGAAGGAUGUUAGUGAAUCGACUCGUAAAUUCUAUUGGCAUGAAUUUGUGAAAUUAUAUCAGUGGAACCCUUCUGAGACUACCGUAAUCGAACACACCUGGGGUAAAGUGGCAUCCACCUUAUACUCUAAGAAAUUGCACCGUUGGCGAAAACGUCCCAGACCUACUUUUGUUCCAGAAGAUGUAUGGGAAAGCUGGAAGACAUAUUGGGCCUCUGACAAUGAGACUGGUGGUCCAGGAACUGGUCCAAGCAAGCAUACUGGUGGUUCUAAAUCAACAGUGGAGCAUACUAUAAAAUUGGCAAUAGACCUACGUCGUCCUGCAAAUUCAUGGGAUGUCUUUAAGAAGCUGCACAAAAGAAAGGAUGGCAGCUUUGUUGAUCCCAAGUCUAAGAGCAUUAAUGAUGAAAUGGAGGCUAGGGUGGCUGCUGCUAUAAGCUCAUCAGAUGAUUCACAAGAAGUUCAAGAACUCGAUGUAAAUAGCAUAUACUUGGAUGUUGUGGGUGGAGAGAAAAAACGACGUGUGUAUGGAUUGGGCUCUCAAGCUUUGACUAUGUAUAAAGAUUAUAAUUCUGCCACUUCAUGCAAUAUAGUGACUGAUCGUGCUGCUGAUCAAGAGCGCAUCAAAUUACUUGAGGAAGAGAUGUUGCGAAUGAAAGAAAAUCAAGAGAGGAUUCUUCAAGAGGCGGAAGUGCAACAACGCGUAGAGAAGGAGGUCUCGGAUCGGUUUAAGUCUAUGGAGGAUCGAUGGUCUCACAUGAUGAGCGUGAUGGGUUUAUCUUCUCGCUCAUCUGGUAGUACUACUCUCCCUAACAGGGACUCACCAAAUGCUUAA